AUGGAAGAAUCGAAUCGCCUCUUCCGCUUCCCCAAGCCAGCAUGGAUGAACAGCGCGAACACGCGGACAGCCGGCGUCUACAUAUCGGGAGCUUUGUUCGCCCUGGGAUUCUACACGCUCAUCGACAUCUCAGUAUGGUCCAAGUCGGCCAUGAACGGGUCGGACCCGCGCGUCAACAUCACCUUCAUCGACUGGAUCCCCGGCAUCUGCAGCGCCCUCGGCAUGCUCGUUAUCAACAGCAUCGACAAGUCGCGCCUGUCGGCCGACAGCUUCUCGUACUCUGGGAACGGUGUGGCGUGGAAGGCGAGGCUGGUGCUUUUUCUGGGCUUUGCGCUGCUGGCCGGCGGCCUGGCGGGUAGUGUGGUGGUCAUGGUUAUGAAGUUUAUUGUUACUGAGCAUACGUGGCCGACCAUCUGGAUGGGCAUUGGCAAUGUGAUUGCGAAUGCGUUGAUUAUGUUGAGUUCGGCUGUUCUUUGGGUUGCGCAGAACAUGGAGGAUGAAUAUACCUACAAUCUGGCGUUGUAA